AUGUCGCUUGCUGAAUACUGCUCCAUCUGGCCUACCGCUGGCGGCCAGCAGUAUUACACUCAAGCGGUCGCGGUCGGCAAACUUCGACCGAUUUUGUCGUAUCUCGUUGGUUGGGCUGUCAUUGUGGGUGAGAUUUCCACGGGGUCGAGUUGCGCCGUCAAUAGCGCUGCGAUCAUCGCGUCCUUCGUGGAAGUUACUCAUCCUGAGGUCGAAUGGAAGCCAUAUAUGACCUGGCUCAUCUACAGUGGUUUCCUGAUCGCUCCUAUUCUCAUCAAUCUCAAGCAAACAUGGCUUCCCGCAAUGAACAUCUUCGGCGCCUUCUGGACCAUCGCGGGUGGCGUGGCGUGGGCGAUUGUGUUUGGUGUCAUGGCACCGAAGCACGAUGCCAAUUUCAUCUUCACACUAUUCAUCAACAACUCCGGCUAUGCUAGCAAAGGCUGGGUGUUCAUCAUGUCCUUCUACUCUCCUAUGUACGGCCUGUACGGGACUGACGGCAUGAUGCACUUGGUUGAGGAGAUGAAGGACGCGUCCAAGGAGGCCCCUCGCGUCAUGGUUUGGUCCAUGAUCUUCUGCAGCGUUACGAGCUGGCUAGCUGCACUGUUGUUGCUCUGGACGGCCGGCAAUUGGGAGGAUUACAUGACUGCUUCGCAGCCAUACAUGAACUGGUGGAUGGAUGUGACGGGCUCGGUGAUUGGUGGUGGUGUCUUCUGUGCUCUCGUCAUGAUCGGCUUGAACUUCUUCAUCAUCGUCGGGACAAACAAUGCCGGCUCGCGGCUUGCCUGGAGUAUGGCCAGAGACAAAGCAUUCCCGUAUUCCGAGUACUUCGCGCACGUCAGCACGAGAUUCCAUAUUCCCCUGAGAUGCAUGGUCGCCAUCUUGGUCAUUGACUUGGUCAUCGUGCUUGGUAAUGACCUGGCAUUCGAGUCCAUCAUCUCCGCCGGGGGGGUGACGCUUCAAAUCGGCUAUGCUGUGCCUGUCCUUGUGGUCUUGAUCCGUGGACGCGGAAUCCUCCCCGCGCGACCACAUUUCGACCUCGGCCGCUGGGGAUAUUUUGUCAACGUCGUCUCCGUCUGCUGGUCGCUCAUAAUCAUCAUCAUGUACCUCUGUCCGCUCUAUGUGCCAGUCACGGUCGCGACCAUCGACUACAUGAACUGGAGCUGUCUGAUCGUCGGCGCGACGGUCCUGUUCCCCGGUAUCUAUUGGGUAUGGAGGGCUAGGCAUCGCUACAUCAAGGAGACCAAUUCCGUCCUCGAAGAUAAUGUCGUCAUCAUCAACGGUGUCACUGUCAGUGGAAGUGAGGCGUUAAGGAAAGCCGCUCUGGCCGCAGAGAAGUAG